CUGCCGGCGGCGGCAGCGCGGGGCGGGUGGACCCGCGGGCGGCGGGGGGCGCGGGAGAGCGGGCGGAGGGAACCAGGGCGGCCAGAGUGUGUGCGCCGCCCGCGGUCCGGUUACGUCCCCGCGCGGGCGCCGCCGCCCGCAUAGUGCGGAACGAAGGUGCCGCGGCCCUUGUUUGCCACUCCGCCAGCCCGCACUGCCCGCGCCGCCCGGAGCAGCUCGGCGGAUGCACGGUUCCUUGGCCAGGAGGUGAAGGGUGGAUGCCCGAGGCAGGGGGACCACAGGGAGCGCCUGUGGCAGCGACACUGGCAGCAAGCCCUCCAGCCACACUUAGCAGCAUCGCCACAGCAACUGGGGACCAGACGGCAGCAGCCUAGGCAGAGGCAAGUGGGCAGAGGCGAGUGGACUGCUUCCCACCAUCAGGAGGACAGGAAAUGACUGCCGCGCAUCAGGCCGGGUGGCAUCCCGGGGAGGGGGAGUGUCACUAGAGGGAGGGCUCAGCCACCUCCCACAGCGGUAGCGCCAUGCCAGCCGAGAAAGAGGCGCUGGGGCAGGGGCUGCCGUGGGACCUGGCCUCGCCCCGCCAUCCGCACUGAGCACUCAAGGGCUCCGUCGUCUGCUGGGCACGCCACCUGCGUCUCAGCAUCCCGUUCUCGUGGGGCAGGAGGAGAGGCGCCAGUCCCGUGCUCCUGUCUGGUCCCGCCGCUGCCAGACCAUGGGAUGUCGGCAAAGCUCAGAGGAGAAAGAGGCGGCACGUCGGUCCCGGCGAAUCGACCGCCACCUGCGCUCAGAGAGCCAGCGGCAGCGCCGUGAGAUCAAGCUGCUCCUGCUGGGCACCAGCAACUCGGGCAAGAGCACCAUCGUGAAGCAGAUGAAGAUCAUCCACAGCGGGGGCUUCAACCUGGAGGCCUGCAAGGAGUACAAGCCGCUCAUCAUCUACAACGCCAUCGACUCGCUGACCCGCAUCAUCCGCGCCCUGGCCGCUCUGAAGAUCGACUUCCACAACCCGGAUCGCGCCUACGACGCUGUGCAGCUCUUCGCGCUGACGGGCCCGGCCGAGAGCAAGGGCGAGAUCACCCCUGAGCUGCUGGGCGUCAUGCGGCGGCUCUGGGCUGACCCUGGGGCGCAGGCCUGCUUCGGCCGCUCCAGCGAGUACCACCUGGAGGACAAUGCGGCCUACUACCUGAAUGACCUGGAGCGCAUCGCUGCGCCCGACUACAUCCCCACUGUGGAGGACAUCCUGCGCUCCCGGGACAUGACCACUGGCAUCGUGGAGAACAAGUUCACCUUCAAGGAGCUCACCUUCAAGAUGGUGGAUGUGGGUGGGCAGAGGUCGGAGCGCAAAAAGUGGAUCCACUGCUUCGAGGGUGUCACAGCCAUCAUCUUCUGCGUGGAGCUUAGUGGCUAUGACCUGAAGCUCUAUGAGGACAACCAGACGAGUCGGAUGGCAGAGAGCCUGCGCCUUUUCGACUCCAUCUGCAACAACAACUGGUUCGUCAACACCUCACUCAUCCUCUUCCUGAACAAGAAGGACCUGCUGGCGGAGAAGAUCCGGCGCAUCCCGCUCACAGUCUGCUUCCCGGAGUACAAGGGCCAGAACACCUACGAGGAGGCCGCCGUGUACAUCCAGCGGCAGUUCGAGGACCUGAACCGCAACAAGGAGACCAAGGAGAUCUACUCCCACUUCACCUGCGCCACCGACACCAGUAACAUCCAGUUCGUCUUUGACGCAGUGACAGAUGUCAUCAUACAGAACAAUCUCAAGUACAUAGGCCUCUGCUGAGGGGCUGGGCCAGCCCGCCUGUCUGGGAUGAAACCCCUGGGGUGUCACACCCCAGCUCCACUCGUGCUAGGGAGACCCCAGCCUGGGGGCCGAAAACGGGGGGCCUGAAGAACGUCCCUCCACCCCUCCGCCUCCUUGGCCCCCACAUUUCCACAGACAUAAAUACAUACGGAUAGACGCUAGGUAGGUAGACACACACACACACACACACACACACGCACUCAGUCUGGAGACAGCCAAGUCCCCUGAAGCAUCAAGGUCUCUUGAAGACUUGAGGAGCUGCCACCAAGGUCCCUACAAGCCCUUUCCCGUCCCCAAGUUGGCCCCACUCUGCAUGGGGGCCCCUGUGGGACUAUGGGGGAGGCAGCUGGGCCACCUGGAGGGGCCAGCCCUGCCCUAGAAUAGGGGCCUUGCCCCCGACCAGGAGGGAGGACCAGAGAGGGUCCGAGCAUCUUCCCUGCGGGACACGCCCACCUCCGGCCCACUCCGCUCUGGAACCAGGGUGCGCAGCCAGCGGACAGCCCUAACCUCCAGCCACUCACAGCCCUUUUUAAACAGCUUCAAAAUAUGCAGCAAAAAUCCAUAUAAUAACGUGAGUGGCACGAUUGGUUUCCAACCUGGCCAGCUGGGUUCCAGCUUUUCUUCUAUUCGUCUGGUGUUUUAUAAAUCAAACCUGGUUUUUCUUCUCUGACAUCCUUUUUUUUUUGGCCAAACCUUGUGGUGUUUCGCAGAAAAACAAAUACAGACAAUUUCAAAUGCA